CUCACGGAAAAGAAGAGGAAUUGGUGGAUCAGUUUUAAUUGAUGAAACAGGUUGAACGUUGGUUUUCUUCUGCAUUUUCCCAUAUCCAAUCGGUGAUAACUUGCUUAUUGAUUAUCCAAAUCCAACCUCACAUCUGUGAUAUCUUCUCACUUUCUCUCACUUUCCCACCUCACAAACAACAUCUCUCGUCAAAAAUCGUUAAUCCAAUCUCAACACUGCCUCCCAAAUCCGCCACUGACCUCUUCUCAUAUCCGCUGGACUCUCAUCCUCUCUGGUUCAAGCCAACUCUCUUCCUCUUGCCGGACUUCGACUCUGAAUUCUACAUUUUGGAGCGCCGAACAUUUGUCCCUUUCGACACCUUCGAUCCGAGCUCCAGUCCCAUCUCUCCUCCCUCAACCACGAGCUUUUUGACCUCCUCAAUCGUGACUAUACUGACUUCGGCUACAGCCACGUCAAACGGGCUUUUCGUGAAUCUGUCAACUAAGCUCGUUGAUGUGUAUGCCGCCGUGGUUCGGAUGCGGGUGCCGCUCUUGGAGCUCCGUGAAAGGAUCCAAGGAUUCAGGACAGCUGUUGAGAGCCUGCUUGUUGCUUUGAGAAAUGGUCUAAGCCAGCGGUCAGAGGCUGCAGCUGCUAGGGAGGUGCUUGAGUUGCUGCUCGAUACGUUUCAUGUUGUUUCAAGGGUUGAAAAACUCAUUAAGGAGCCACCAAGUGUGCCUUCAGAUUGGUCGCAUGGUGACAUGAAUUUGAAAAAUGCUUUGAGCAAUGGUUCUUCCGCACAACAUGUUAAGAAUGGAACAAAUAUCAGAGAGACUCAAAGCAUGCUUUUGGAGAGAAUAGCCAGUGAGGUUAAUCGGCUAAAAUUUUAUAUUGCUCAUGCACAGAACCUGCCUUUCAUUCAGAACAUGGAUAUGAAGAUCGAAAGUGCUAGCCUUUUGUUAGAUGCACGCUUGGGACAUUGUUUUGUAGAUGGGCUUGAAAACCGAGAUGCAAAUGCAUUUUACAAUUGCCUAUGUGCAUAUGCUGCUAUUGAUAACCCAGGAAGUGCUGAAGAAUGUUUCACACUACUAUAGUGGCUCCACUGAUACAAAAAAAUUUUCCACAUGGAUCAUCUGGUGUUGUGGUUGGGGCUUCUGGUGAUGAACUUGAGAAUGAUUAUAAGCAAAUCAAGAGUUGCAUUGAGAAAGACUGUACGUUCUUAUUAGAAAUUUCUUCUACAGAAAAUUCAGGUUUACAUGUAUUUGACUUUUUGGCCAAUUCAAUCCUGAAGGAGGUUCUCUCAGCUAUCCAGAAGGAAAAACCUGGUGCUUUUUCCCCAGGAAGACCUAUAGAAUUCUUGAAGAACUACAAAUCAAAGUAUAGAUUUCUUGGCUUAUCUUAAAGGCUAUUGUCCCUCUGGAGCUGCUGUUGCAAAAUUUCAAGCAGAACCUGUAUAUGUUGAGUAUAUGAAGCAAUGGAACAUUGGUGUUUAUUUCUCUUUGAGUUCAACCACUCAGGUUUCAGGAAAUAGCGGGGGCUUUGGAUUCUGCACUUGCAGUGCCCAUUCUUGUUCCUGUUCAGAGUUCACACUCUGAUGAAAAUUCUCAGGACUUAACUCUUAAACAAAGUGUUACACUUUUGGAGAGCUUGAGGUCCUGCUGGAGUGAAGAUGUUCUUCUCAUCUCUUGCGCUGACAAGUUUCUUCGCUUGUCUUUGCAGCUCUUAUCAAGAUACUCAAAUUGGUUGUCAUCUGGAUUGGCUGAUUGGAAGAAGGGUAGUGUGAGCUCUAAUCCUGGAUGUGAGUGGGCUAUUUCGGCUUUGCCAGAUGAUUUUGUAUGUGUACACUCAUGCCUUGAUUAUUUCAA